CACUUGGGAAAAUUUUAUUGGUACAGCUGUUAAUGAAGUUUUACUCUGCGAAGAACGCCUAGCCGUGUGUUUUCUUGAAGUCUGGAAAAAGAAAUAAUUUCUGCGAACUUGUCCUAUAUAGUUGGCGAGGUGCAUCGACGAAGGCCUGAAAGAGUCUGAGGAAGGAAGAUAUGGGAAUUACGGAAAAAUCACUUUUUUAAAGAUUUGGAGAAUGGUUAGUGGGAUAAAGGAGGAAGCUUGGAACGAUUUUUAGUAGUGGAUGCGUUGAAUGCAUGUAUAGGUAGAGCUGGGCAACAGAUUAUACUUCCUUGAUUGUGGGAGUCUCGUUAAGUGAACUAUCGAGGUUUUGUAAAAUGGCCGCUUCCGGUUAUGCGAAGAACAACAGCGAGCUUAGAGUUUUUGGAAGUUUGGAUGAUCUGGCUACUGAUUUGGCUGAGUAUAUUGCUCAGUUAUCAGAGAUGUCUGUCAAGGAGAGGGGAUUUUUCACUAUUGCUUUAACUGGUGGAUCACUAAUCUAUCUGAUGAGAAAGCUUUCUGAAGCACCUUAUAACAAGACCGUCGACUGGGCGAAAUGGUACGUUUUUUGGGCUGACGAGCGGGCGGUGGCAAAGAAUCAUGUUGAUAGCAACUACAAGCUUACAAAGGAUGGGUUCCUUUCUAAGGUUUCCAUCCUUAAUAGCCAUAUCUACUCCAUCAAUGACAAUUUGACUGUAGAAGAAGCGGCCGGCGAAUAUGAAUUCACAAUCCGACAGCUAGUCAAGCUGCGCAUAAUCGAUGUCUCCGAGCACAACGACUGCCCCAAAUUCGACCUCAUCCUCCUUGAAUUGGGUUCCGAUGGCCACAUAGCAUCUCUAUUCCCUCACCAAAAAACUCUCGAGCACAAGAUGGACUGGGUCACCUACAUCACCAACUCACCCGAGUCCCCGCCAGAAAGGAUAACUUUUUCGAUUCCGGUGAUCAACUCGGCAUCAAACGUCGCCAUUUUGGCAACUGGUGAUGGCAAGGCCAUGGCUCUGCAGCUCGUUGUCGAUCGCAGUUCUAGUUUUGAUGCCUUCUCGCUGCCCGCAAGGUUGGUGAACCCAACCGAAGGGAAGCUAUUGUGGUUCGUGGACAAAGCGGCAGCCUCAUUCAUCGACUCGUCUGAUGAAAGCGAGCAUUUUGAAAUUUAGCAGCUAUAUGUGUAUUUGCUGUAUGUAGAUGAGUACAGUGGGUUUGAUUAGUUACUUCUUUUGUUUAGGCCCUCUUUGAGAUAUUCUGAAGGAAGGUGUGCUUAUGAGGUGAGGGUAAAUCAGCAGAUGAGGAGGAUUAAUAAGCAUAGAGCAACAUUUUGGAUGGAGGGAAGUAAUCUGUGAGAGACAUUGCUUUUAUUUUAAUUAGUAGAAGAAAAUUGAAGUUUCAGAGUUCAGAAUUUCAGUUUGUCUUCUGUCUGAUAAUGUAGUUUUUUGUCUGAAUUUUGAUUUAUGCAUAGUUAUAAAAAUAACAUCAAAAUAUUUGUAUUUAUAAUGGCGCGACUGAAAUUGUAGAUGAGUUGGUUAUU